CUCCACCUGGACAGAUCCGGUUCCCCUCAGUGACACCAGACUCAGUUACUGUCAGCUGGUCACCACCAGAGGGCGCUGGAGCCCACAGCUACAGGGUGACCUGGAGAGGAGCCCAGAAAGAGCGCAGCUCCACAGUGGAAGGUCUGAAGAUGGAGGUGACAGGGCUUCUUCCAGGACAGAAGUACCACUUCACUGUGGCCACCCUCACAGAAGAUGGCCGCCAGAGCACAUGUGUGGAGAGAUUUGUCUACACAAAUCUAAGAGAGCGUCCAGAUGAACUCCGAAUAGUGCUGCUGGGGAAGACUGGAGUUGGGAAGAGCUCGACAGGAAACACCAUCUUAGGGAGAGAAGUGUUUGAGGCUGAACCAUCUGCUGAAUCAAUUACUAGCACGUGUCAGAGAGAGGUAGCUGAAGUCAAUGGGAGGCAGAUUAGAGUGAUUGACACUCCAGGGUUGUUUGAUACUGAGCUUAGUAAUGAGGAGAUCCAGAGAGAAAUCUCUAACUGCAUCUCGCUGGUACUACCGGGCCCACAUGCAUUCCUCCUGGUGAUACCACUGGGACGGUUUACUUUAGAGGGCAGAGAGACAGUAACGUUCAUUCGAAAUACUUUUGGUGAAAACUCCAUCAAGUAUGCUAUAGUGCUCUUCACAAGAGGAGAUGAUCUGAGGAACAAGUCCAUUGAACAGUUCCUGGGACAAUCUAGAUUUCCUAUUAGGAACCUCAUUCAACAAUGUGGUAACAGAUACCACGUGUUUAACAACAACACCAGCGACCGUACUCAGGUUUCUGCUCUCCUGGAUAAAAUCAACAAAAUGGUGGCAGCCAAUGGAGGGGGCUAUUACACUAGUUGGAUGUUCCAGCAGCAGAACGAAAUGGAGAGGAAGAUGAAGGAGAGAGAGAAGGAACUGAUGAGAGAAAUGGAGGACAUGAGAAUGGAGAAGGAAGCUCUUCAGGCCAAAUAUGAAGCACAACUGGAGAGAAUGAAGAAGAAAAUGGAACAAGAGAGAAAGAAUGCAGAUGAAGAGAAAAGAAGAAGAGAAAAAGAGUUCAGGGAAAGAGAGCAGAAGGAAAUAAGAAAAUAGACAUAGAAAGAAAGAAGAGGAGGGGAAUGUGGAGCACAUUUGGAAAGAUCAUUAUGAGAGACUUAACCCAAUGGAAUCCUUAGAACCCAACUGAUGCAGUAUGUCAAUAAACACUCCCAUACUUCUCUGUUACAUUGCUCUGCAAAUAUUAGUUGCAACAAGAUGAGACCUAUAUUGCUUGAUGGAGCAGAAGUGGGGCUUUCCAACGAGAUUACUCACUUGUCUCUACGAUCAAAUAUGCUACGUUUAGCGCACCCAUUACUCUCAUUUGAAUUACUCAUGAACCCGUAAUUGGAUAGAUAUGCCACGCAUGUAAGAUGACAGAGGAGAUACAGGGCUAUCAAUUGAUACCAAGUGCAUCCUUCUGGGUUAU